AUAGUCUGUAUAUUACCACCACCUUUAUUUUGGAUCUUCCUCAGCUCAAAUGUUACUCUCAUCUCCAUUUUAACGCCUAUUAUUCCAUCAGAGGUGAGCAAGAUCUUAUAUAUUUCAUUAUUCUUGUUUCAAAUAUUAAUCAGAUCUGAUAUAACUUUCAUUUCAUACAUAGAUCUUGAUAUUUAUUGAAACCCCAUUGAAAAAAAUUUGAUCUUUCAUAUAGAUCUGAGCAAAGAAGUGGUAAAAAUGGGAUCUUUUGAUAAAUUCAAGAUUUGGGUUUUGUUUAUCUGUUUGAUAUCUGAAUUGUGUCAUGGAUUUUAUUUGCCUGGUAGUUAUCCACAUAAAUAUGGGGUUGGUGAUUUCUUGACUGUUAAGGUCAAUUCAUUGACUUCAAUUGAUACUGAAUUGCCUUAUAGUUAUUAUAGUUUGCCUUUUUGUAAGCCUAAUGAGGGUGUUAAGGACAGUGCUGAAAAUCUAGGUGAACUUCUUAUGGGUGAUAGGAUUGAGAAUUCACCUUAUAGGUUUAAGAUGUAUACAAAUGAGACUGAAGUUUUCUUGUGUCAAACAAAACCUUUGUCUGGUGAGGAAUUUAAGCUUUUGAAAGAGAGAAUUGAUGAGAUGUAUCAGGUUAAUUUGAUUCUUGAUAAUUUGCCCGCGAUUCGUUAUACCAAGAAGGAGAAUUACUUCUUGCGUUGGACGGGGUAUCCGGUUGGGAUUAAAGUCCAAGAUGCAUACUAUGUGUUUAAUCAUUUGAAGUUUACGGUUCUCGUUCAUAAAUUUGAAGAGACCAAUGUGGCUCGUGUGAUGGGUACUGGGGAUGGAUCGGAAGUGAUCUCAACCGUUGGAAGUACAGGAUCUGAGACACCUGGAUAUAUGGUUGUUGGAUUUGAGGUCGUACCUUGUAGUAUCCAGCAUACCCCUGAUUCGUUAAAGAACCUUAAAAUGUACAAUAAGCUCCCGUCUCCAAUUAAGUGUGACCCGACAACCGUGUCCAUGGCUAUUAAAGAAAACGAGCCCCUUGCUUUUAGUUAUGAGGUGAACUUUGUGGAGAGUGACAUCAAGUGGCCAUCGAGAUGGGAUGCUUAUUUGAAAAUGGAAGGUGCAAAGGUUCAUUGGUUUUCGAUCCUCAAUUCCCUUAUGGUGAUUACUUUCUUGGCUGGUAUUGUCCUCGUGAUCUUUUUGAGAACAGUCCGGAGGGAUCUGGCGAGGUAUGAUGAGCUCGACAAAGAAGCUCAGGCUCAGAUGAACGAGGAGUUAUCCGGGUGGAAACUUGUCGUUGGUGAUGUUUUCCGCGCCCCUAGUAACCCUGGCCUUCUGUGCGCGAUGGUUGGGGACGGAGUUCAAAUCUUGGGGAUGGGUGUAGUGACUAUUAUGUUUGCUGCCCUUGGAUUUAUGUCCCCAGCAUCUCGAGGAACGUUGAUAACAGGUAUGCUAUUCUUUUACAUGAUUCUUGGUGUUGCAGCUGGCUAUGUUUCCGUUCGUCUCUGGAGGACGAUCUUCUGUGGGGACCACAAAGGCUGGGUUUCCGUCGCGUGGAAGGCUGCUUGUUUCUUCCCUGGAAUUGCUUUUACUAUUCUGACCAUAUUGAACUUCUUGUUAUGGGGUAGUCACAGCACUGGAGCUAUUCCGUUUUCUCUAUUUGUCGUGCUCAUUUUACUUUGGUUCUGUAUCUCCGUCCCCCUAACCCUAAUUGGUGGCUAUCUCGGGGCAAAGGCACCUCAUAUUGAAUAUCCAGUCCGAACCAACCAAAUCCCACGUGAAAUUCCAGCACAAAAAUACCCAUCUUGGCUUUUGGUUCUAGGUGCAGGCACUUUACCUUUCGGUACUCUUUUCAUUGAGCUCUUUUUUAUCAUGUCGAGUCUAUGGAUGGGUCGUGUGUACUACGUCUUCGGGUUCCUCCUCAUUGUUAUGAUUCUCCUUGUCGUCGUUUGUGCUGAGGUGUCUCUUGUUUUGACCUACAUGCAUCUGUGUGUGGAGGACUGGAAAUGGUGGUGGAAGUCUUUCUUUGCUUCAGGUUCUGUCGCGAUAUACAUUUUCAUGUACUCUAUCAACUAUCUAAUAUUCGACCUCAAGAGUUUAAGCGGUCCUGUUUCCGCCACCCUUUACCUCGGAUAUUCCCUCUUCAUGGUCUUGGCGAUUAUGUUUGCAACAGGCACAGUCGGGUUCCUUUCCUCUUUCUGGUUUGUACAUUAUUUGUUCUCAUCAGUGAAGCUGGAUUGAAGAAGUCAAGAAGCAAACCAACCAACCAUUGAAGAUCAGAGUGGCAGAUGUCAAAAGCAUUCUAUUUUACUUUUAUUGUCAUUUUGUAGGAUAUUUGGAAGAGAGAGAACAAUAAACUCCUAAAGUUUUGUUAAAUUCUUUAUAGAAGAAGUCAUUGCAUGCUAGUGAAGUAAAGUUUCAUCAGUUGGUAGGGUGAACAUCAUGUCUUUAUCAUUUCUCUAUAUUUCUAUUAAUAGUGAUGGAUCUCUUUAUCUUUGA